AUGCCCGACUGGAAAUCAGCCGCUGAGCUCGAGAAAGAUGCAGUGGCAUUUGGCAAACUUGUUCAUGCUCUGUUGGGAUUAUACGCAUAUGAAUGGUUUCUGACUCUUGAUUUUGACCUGGAUUUUCUGCGGGGGAAGAGAAGGUUCCGGUGGCCAAUGAUUUUCUAUUUCUCCAACAGAUAUCUUCUCCUUUUCGCGCUGAUAGGCAUCGUGAUUUCUUUGGACGUCACUUCGGAGGUUCACUGUCAGGUGCUCUAUACUUUUAACCAGAUCGCAGGAAACGCUGCUAUGGGGCUGGCGAGUAUCAAUCUUUCUAUCCGAACCAUGGCGAUAUGGUCACAAAAUAAAUAUAUUGUUGGCUUCCUCGUUCUUAUGAUCUUUGGACAUUGGUCGUUGAUUCUACAAGGAGUCCAACUUCGAGCAACCUGGGUUGAUAGUGUUGGAUGCGUUAUCACCCAGACUAACAACACCGUCCUUGCAGCGACCUUCAUUUAUUCGAUGUGCUUCGAUUUCAUCGUUCUCCUCUUGAGCACCUACAAACUCAUUGGCGUCAACUGCAAGACAGUAAAUUUUGUCGGUCAAAGUCACCUUGUGCAAAUGUUAUUUGAGGAUGGACUAAUCUUCUUUAUGAUUGCCUUCCUUGUUAACCUAUGCGCGACGACGUUAAUUUUAAACAAUCUCAACCAGGUCAUGACGAUUAUUUUUAACGUGCCGGCAGUCGUCGCCGCCUCCAUUGUCGCCUGCCGAGCAGUUCGUCGGUUAACAAACUUCGGCCUCACAGGCGGUCUCGAAGUUUAUGGAUCGUCGAGCGCAGUCAGUGGUGCGGCUGGAACAAGAAGUAUUCAGCCCACUAUCGACCAUCGUAAAAGUGGUCUGAAGUCAGGCGUCCAUGUUCAAAUGGAGACAUUCACUCAUAAAGAAAGCUCUCUCACCUUCGCCAAGCAGAAGUAUCGGACCGGUAGCGAAACCGACGUCGAGCCUGAGCUCGACAUCGAAGCCAAAGGAAGUCUGUAA